AUGAACGAUGGCUUCAAGAAUGACGAGUACGAAGUCUCGAAUGCAAACUACGAGGAUUCAGACGGUGACUAUGUCAUAUAUCGUGAACUUUACAACGGUGACCGACACCGCCAGCGCUACAUUCAGAAUCACUACCUUGUACUCAGCGUAACUGCCAAAGAAAUAAGCUUGAAUAUGCCAGACAUCCCUGUACUGGUUGGAACUAAUUCGAUUCCAGUCGGUACUAAAGGAACGACAACUACGACGGCGUUAUCAAAGUGGGAAAGAUGGAAAUCGAAAAAGAGACCAAGUCAUCCACCAUUACGACGGUCAAUGUAG